AUGGCUGACGACGGGGAGCUCACCGUGGAGCUCGCGGUGGAGCCCGAGGUGGGCAUGGAGCUCUGCCUCGAGAAGCUCAAGAUGCUCCGAUACGAGCGCGACUUUCUGACGUCGCGACGGCCCCCGUGGCCGCCGUGCACGCGGACGCACUUCGCCGUCCCGACCCCGGGGCAGAACACCAACGAGCUCUUCCAUCACUUCACCUCGCUCUGCGCGCACCUGCUGACGCUGUGCGGACGCAGGUUCAGACCCCCCGACCAGUUCGACGAUCCCAACGCCACGUGCGCGGCCAUCUUCGCCGAGCUCAAGGCGUGCGGCUUCGCCACCCCCUCGUUCGCGCCGGGGAAGCUGCGGCACGGUCACGGCCGCGAGUGCGUCGGGGUCCUAAACGGCUUGUGCGAUUUGGCGAUGGCGCGACACUACCAACACGGGUUAUCGCGGCCGGUGUACCCGCGGGCGGGGGAUGCCGAGGGAGGGGAUGCCGUCAUGAGCGACCUCGCCGCGAGCGAUCCCUCCUCCGCGCUCGAGGAAUACGCGGUGGCCUCAGCGCUGGAUCGCGACGCCCCCCUGGACGCGUCCCUGAAGAAGGUGCUGCGCAAGACGGAGGAGGAGAUCGAGGAGAGACGGGCGAUCGAAUCCGCGGUGGACGCGAGGGAAUGGCGCGUGGAACUCGAGCGAGUCGCGGCCAAACUCAAAGCCGUGUCGAAGGAGGCGGAUGCCAAGGAUUGGCGCUCCAACCUGGACGCGUGCCGCAAGGCGCACGCGGCGGUGUGCGCCAAGUUCCCUGACGUUCGCGUGGCGCUGGACCGCGUGGGGCGCGAGUGUAAGGAGGUGGUGGACAAGAUUGAAACUCGCGAGUCGUACGUCAACGCCCGGAUGGAGCCGAGGUCGGACGAGUACAAGUCGACGGUGGUCGCGUUGGAGUCGGCGCAAAAGGAGUACGACGAGGGGAACGAGCGCGUCAGUUCUCUGACGAACGAGCUGGCGAGGAUCGGCGAGCGUCUGGAGCGCGCCAAGGGGGAGAUGGCGAGCAAAGGGGACGAGGUGAGCGACGCGACUCCGUUGACCAAACUGCGAGACGUCGUGGACAAGAUGAACGAGGAGAUGCGGACGAUGGAGGUUAAGAUCGCGAUCGCGAGAAACGCGCUGGGGCACGCGAGCAUGAGGAGGGCGGCGAGUGGUGGGACGGGUCGCGCGGGCGCCGCGGCGGCGGCGGCGGCGCUCUGA